GAACGGUUCAUGUCCAUCAAAGUGAGCAAAGACUCGGUAGAUGAUUGCUCGAGAGUCCCGACUCCCGACACACUUGCCACGUCAGCUUGAUUCAAGCUGUUUGUCUGGGCUUCCGGCUGGCCCAUUGUUUCAUGAGCCCUGAAAUCGAGCAAAUGGUGCGCUAACGCUCCAUCAUCCAACGCCCAGAUGAGCUUGUCACGAGUUCAAGAGCCCUCUGGCGAGCCUGAAAGCAGCACGCAACAGUUGAAGGAGGCUUUGUCAAAGGAGUCAGACGUUUGUUCAAAGGAGUGCGUACGGGCUGUGGAAAAGUGCGAGAGGAGAUCUGACUUAGCGCUUACUUUAGCAAGGGUGUAUCAUUCGGCGUACAACGUCUUUCACAUGAGGCGGUUGAACGAACUUUUGGGGCGGUCGAGUGGUCUUCCGCCCUGUGGCAGUCCUGUCUGGAUUUUGGGGCUGUGUCAUGAGGGCUCAGACGAUGGAACCACACUCAAGCAGGAGGUGGCAGACAGCAUUCUGGCAGAUUUUGCUUCUAGAUUGUGGUUCACAUACAGAAAAGACUUUGAAGCAAUUGGCGAUUCAAAGCUCACAGCCGACGUGGGUUGGGGCUGCAUGAUCAGAAGCGGCCAGAUGAUGCUCGGACAGGCUCUCCUUCAGCACUACUUGCAACGAGACUGGCGAUGGUCCUCUGAGAGUCCUGCCUCGCCAGACUACCUACAACUUGUUAGGAGCUUUGGGGAUUGUCAAGUGCCCUCUUGUCCGUUCUCGCUGCACAACAUCGUGUUAGCGGGGGCAGCGCAUGGGGUCACUCCUGGAGCGUGGCUGGGGCCCUACACCCUCUGCCGGUCACUUGAGGCACUGGCUGAGUCUGAGAGCAGCAAAGAUGCGUUUCCGUUUGCCGUGUGCGUGGUCUCAGGUGAAGCGGACGGUGAACGUGGGGGCGCUCCAGUUCUCGGGCUUGAGGAUGUUGCCGACCUCUGCCGAAGACGGGCUGGCGCUGAUGCGGAGUCCAGCUACAGCGACCUUCUUUCAGAGGCGCCUGAGCACUGGUCGCCCCUGCUGAUCCUGGUGCCGCUGGUGCUGGGGGUGGACAAAGUGAACCCGCGGUAUCUGCCCUCCUUGAAAGCCGCGCUCACCUUCCCGCAAAGUGUCGGCAUCGUUGGGGGAAAGCCUGGCGCAUCUGUGUACAUAAUUGGAUAUCAGGAGGAACAGGUCUUCUACCUAGAUCCGCACGAAGUCCAACCAGCGGUGCUGUUGCAAGGCCAAGAGGAGAAACCUGACACGAGUUCGUACCACUGCAGCACAAUAAGGCGGAUGCCGAUUGACUCCCUAGACAACUCCCUUGCUCUGGGGUUCUACUGCCGAGAUCACGGAGAGUUCGUAGACUUGUGUCAUCGCGUGACGACGUUGACCGAGGCGGCCGGAGGUGCACCCAUGUUCACGGUCGACCUCAGAGGUAAAUCAGGAGCAAGCACAAGUGCACAGGUAGAGACUCAAGAUUUCGAGGAGGAAGGUGAAGACGAGUCAAGCAACAAAGAUGAGUGGCAACUCUUGUAACAUACUAGACUCCCCUGCCAUAUAGUGACGUUGAUAUUUCUGUAUAUAACUGCAAGAACACUUGGUAUGCGCAGCAUUUAACUUGGAAUGCUUCGUCCUUCAUUCUCAACG